AAACGUGGCAAUUAAAACAUUUUUUAAAAUGUAGAAAAGUUGGUUGGCUAAGGUCCACUCAUAUUAUAUUAUAUUUUGUUUUUUUGUUUUUUAAUAAUCAACCACUAUACACUCAUACUUAUAUCAUGUACUAACAGACAAUUUUAUCUUGUUUCUCUAUUCAAUUUUGUAACUGUGAAUCUCUAACAAGAUGGAGCAAGAACAAGAUACAGGUAAAACCAGCUUCCACCUCACACAUGCUCUAUUGAUUGCCGCCGCUACCCUCUCGCAUUACCGGCGACAAGUGUCAAAGGUUGUAGUAGAUGACAAACUCAUUCCCAGAAUUGAGAGAACAGAAUCUGGUCGUUUGGAAAAGAUAGAAAAAUUCUCCCAUUAUGUUGCUAGGCAAAUAGGAUUUGAAGAUGCAAGUGAGGUCCCAAAGUUAUGCCUGCUGGCCCAAGAAUAUCUACAAAAAUCCAAAGGGUGUGACCAAAGCAUCUUUGAAUAUCUUGCCAAUGAGAAGGACUCUGAAUCUCUAUAUGUGAAAUUGGUUGACGAGUUUGAGAAAUGCAUUCUCAGUUAUCUUGCAUUUCACUGGAAACAAGCUCCAUUUGUUAUUAGUCAGCUAAUGAAUGUUGACGAGUCUGAGCACAAAACAAAGCUGAAGGAAUUUCUAUUGGCAGCUACAAGGAAACAAAGGUUUGAAAGAGUAACCAAGAAUCUGAAGGUGACAAGGGUGUUCUCCACUUUGGUAGAAGAGUUUAAAAUUAUCAAUGGCGGUUUCUUACAAUCUAAAGAAGUCAUGAUUCCCAUGGACAUCAAUAAGAGGAGUCCAGUGCUGUUGUUCAUGGGUGGUGGCGCUGGAGCUGGAAAGAGUACAGUUCUUAAAGACAUUCUUCAAGAAUCAUUUUGGUUAGCAGCAUCUUCAAAAGCAGUGGUUGUUGAUUCAGAUGCUUUUAAGAUGACAGAUGUGAUAUAUAAAGCCCUUAACUCUAGGGGUCACCAUGAUGACAUGCUUCCAACUGCUGAAUUGGUUCAUCAAUCUUCGACCGAUGCUGCAUCAUCUGUACUAGUGGCGGCUCUAAAUGAAGGGAAAGAUGUGAUCUUGGAUGGUACCUUCUCAUGGGAACCUUUUGUGGAGCAGACUAUUGAAAUGGCAAGAAAUGUUCACAAAUAUAAGUAUAGAAUGGGUGUAGGGUAUAAAGUAAAUCAGGAUGGAUCAAUUGAUGAAAACUACUGGGAGCGAGUAAAUGAGGAAGCGGAAAACUCUAAUGGGGAAGAAAACACUCGAAAGCCUUACAAACUUGAGCUAGUUGGUGUGGUUUGUGAUGGUUAUCUUGCAGUUAUCAGAGGCAUUAGGAGAGCUAUUAUGACAGGAAGAGCAGUGAGGGUGAAUUCACAGUUGAAAUCUCACAAAAGAUUUGCUAAUGCAUUUCCCAAAUAUUGCAAACUUGUUGAUAAAGCAAGAUUGUUUAGCACAAAUGGUGUUGGGAUUCCACCAAAGCUUAUUGCGUGGAAGGAUGGUGAUCAUAAUCUACUAGUGGAUCCUGAAAACAUCAAAAGCUUGCAAAAUGUAACAAGUUUGAAUUCUGAAGCUGAUUCCAUCAGUGAACUUUACCAGGAACCUAGCCCAAUAAUGGAAUCUGGUUCUGUUUGGAAUGAUUUUGUUCUGUCACCUUCAAGACCAAGUGUUCAGGAAGAGCUAAGGGAAUCCAUUCACAAAAUAGAGAAAUCUUUCAAAAAAUUGUGACCAAUAUAGAGAACCAAUUGUUGCUAUGUUAUGAAAUGUGAUGUUAUAAAAAAAUUACUGUUAUGAUGAAGACAAAUAUGAACUGAUGGAUUGAGACAUAUAUAUAAGAUACUAUUAAUAGAGAGUGGCUUCGUGGUUUUGCAAAGUUUUUGGAGAAUUGUAGUGUCUUUGUUGCGGAGUUGUGGGGAGUGUUUGAAGGUUUGAAGCUUGUUAGAAGGUUGAGCUUUACAAAGGUAGAGUUGAACGUGGAUCUAUUGUGGUUGUUCAGGUGCUGAAAGAUAGGAAGAAGGGAAGUGCUCUUUGUAGAUCCUUAGUUGGGAGAAUUUGUCUAUUAAUGGAUUUAGAGUGGGAAGUAGUGGUGCAUCGUGCUUAUCGUGAAUACUAAUAUCUUGUUUAUAUUAUAUCCUAUCAUUAUUUUGCUUUA